AGUUAUUCAAAGUCAAUCGAAUCAAUCGCAACGCGAGAGAAAAGUAUAGAUCCCAUUUGCCUCCGUCUUCUUCCUUCUGGAAAUUCCAUAAUUCCAGAUCUUGAUCCACACGAAGUUCUAAUAAGUCUGGUUAAAAUCAAACCCCAACUCUCAAAAUUCGUUCUUUGUGGCUCGCAGCUGGUUGCGAUCAGCUCUCUCGAGUAACCAAAGUCGAUGGCUUCUCUCCCACUAGCAACCGCUGAAGUAUGUGACGCAAAUUCCCACCUAAUCACAAACGGCGAGCUCCGUGCCCUCCAUCCAAUCUUCCAAAUCUACGGUCGUCGCCAGGUCUUCUCAGGUCCAGUUGUCACUCUCAAAGUCUUCGAGGAUAAUGUUCUAGUUCGUGAAUUCCUCGAAGAAAAAGGUAACGGUAGAGUUUUAGUCGUUGAUGGAGGUGGAAGUAUGAGAUGUGCAAUAUUAGGAGGAAACCCAGUUCAACAAGCUCAAAACAAUGGCUGGGCUGGUAUUAUAGUCAAUGGUUGCAUAAGAGAUGUUGAUGAGAUUAUUGGGUGUGAUAUUGGAGUUAGAGCUUUGGCUUCGCAUCCAAUGAAAGCUAAUAAGAAGGGCAUUGGAGAAAAGCACGUGCCUGUGAAUAUUGCUGGAACGAGGAUUUAUGAUGGCGAGUGGCUUUAUGCAGAUACUGACGGGAUUCUUGUUUCGAGGUCAGAGUUAACUGUUUGAAAGUUUUUAAUAUUUUUAUUGUCUUUCUUUGUAUCUGUUGUAUUAUCGUCUAUGCACGUCUGCUAGUAUGUACUUCAGUAUUUUUUACUCGUAUUGAUGAGGAUGUUUUAGGUAUUUUCUAUGAAUAAAUAUCUGCUCAUUCUAGAAAAAACACGGGCAAUACGCUGUAUAUGUUUCUCUUGUUAGUCCUGAUGUCUCAUCUGAAUGGUACUGUCUAUAUAUUGUUGUAGUUAUAUUAUUUUC